AUGGGUCGUACAGCGGGAUGGGAUGGGAUGGGCUGCGAUCGAGGGGAUGGUGGUGCAUGGUCGACGGUGUCCGAGUACCGGCUCGGCCGCCGGUCCGUCGCCGGGAAAAUUUCCGGCCAGUUUUCCGGCGACCCGAUUUUUUUUUUUCUCGGAGGGAAUCGUCCGUGGCUCGAUUGUUUUCGCGCUUGUGCGGCUUUGGCUCGGUUUUGUCCGUCUCUAACAGUUCUUUCCCUUCGGGAAACUGAAUAG